GCAAGUCUUUGCAUUUGUUAUUUAGAUGGCGACCUACAAGGUGACUGUGGCUACUGGUACAACUGAAUACUCUGGAACUAUUGACAGUGUGUAUGCAACACUUAUUGGGGAGCAUGGGGAAAGCAAGACAACUGCAUUGGACAAUUUGGGAAGAGACUUUCGCCGUGGAACUGUUGGUGAAUAUGAUGUCUGCAGCAGUGUUCCUCUUGGGGAAAUCUUGUUUGUGGAGCUAGAGAAACGCCAGUUUGUUGGCGACAACUGGUUUUGCUGUUAUGUUAAAGUGAACUAUCCUGAUGGGACUUGUAAAACAUUCCCUUGCUAUCGCUGGUUUGUAGGCAACAUGACAAUACGGCUGCGUGAGGGUUCAGCUAAGAAAAUGCAAGAUGACACAGUACAUGACUUCCUCUUCUACAGAGAAAAAGAACUGCAGGAACAGCAGCAAACAGUGAGGUGGCAGACUUGGAGACCAGCAAUUCCAAAAUGCAUUGAUGUCAUAUCUGAGAAUGACAUACCUGAGGACUACCGUUUCAACUAUGAGAAGAGAAUCGACUUUAAGAAAUCACUUAAUAAUGCACUUAAAGAGCUCCUAAUCAAGGAACUGCUUAACAAUUUUGAAAAGCCCUGGCAUGACCUGGAAGAUUUCCAAAGGUGUUUACGAAAGCCAAGCCCCAUAGCAGCAUAUGUUAUGGAGCACUGGAAAGAAGACAGUUUUUUUGGUUACCAGUUCUUGAAUGGCUGCAAUCCCCGGAUGAUUAAAAGUUGUUAUUGCCUUCCUAAAAAUUUCCCUGUAACAAAGGACAUGGUACAGGCCACACUAGGAUCCCAAACCACUCUGGACAAAGAAAUGAAGGCUGGGAACAUUUACCUGGUAGACUACUGCAUUCUGGAGGGCAUUCCUGCCAAUGUGAUUAAUGGCAAAUGGCAGUAUGUUACUGCACCUUUGUGCCUACUCUAUGAUCACCCUAUGAAAGGACUGAUCCCACUGGCAAUACAGAUUCAACAAAAGCCUGACCAGAACAACCCCAUCUUCCUACCUUCUGACCCUGAACUCGACUGGCUUCUAGCAAAGAUGUGGGUUCGACAUGCUGAAUUUCAAGUCUACGAGGUUCUGUCUCACCUUCUGCACACACAUUUGGUCAGUGAGGUGUUUUGUAUAGCCACCAUGAGACAACUGCCUGCGGUCCACCCUGUUUACAAGCUCCUGUUCCCUCACAUGCAUGACACCCUGGAAAUCAACACCAAUGCCCGUUUGAAUCUAAUCUCUGAGAAUGGCAUCUUCAAAGAGGUAGUGUCCACUGGAGGGGAUGGAUUGCUCCCACUGCUUCAAAGGGAAUGCAAAAAGAUGAAAUUCAAGUCUCUUCUGCCCACUUUUGACUUUGAAGAGCGAGACGUGAAUCGUCUAAAAAAUUACUUCUAUAGAGAUGACAGCCUAAAAAUUUGGAACGCCAUUAAAAGUUUUGUGUCUGGUAUUGUGGAUCUCUAUUAUUCCUCUGACAAGGAUGUUAUGGUGGAUAAGGAGCUGCAGAACUGGAUUCAUGAUGUUGUUAAUGAGGGCUUUACAGACCUUCACAGCUUUGGCUUGCCUACUGAAAUAAAGAAUAAAGCAGAGCUUGUCACUAUUCUGGCUGGGGUCAUCUUUACAAGCUCUGCACAACAUGCAGCAAUUAACAGUGGACAGUAUGACUGGUGCUCAUGGGUGCCAAAUACACCCUGCACUAUGCGUUCUCCCCCGCCCCCAAAAAAGGGAUUGGCUACCAUGGAGCUGAUCAUGAAUACACUCCCAGAUAUACAUCAGUCAUGCACUGAGGUGGCCAUCACAUGGGUCCUGAGUCGUGAGCAGCCUAUUGCGGUCUUCCUUGGUCAUUACCCAGAAUACUUCACAGAGGAGACUGCAAGGGCUCAUAUCAAAAAGUUCCAAGAGGCACUUGGGGAGAUUGAAAAGUCAAUUGAAGCAAGAAAUACAAAUCCCAAGCUGAAAUAUGAAUACUUACUUCCAAGAAGGAUUGAGAAUAGCAUUGCCAUAUAAAGAGUAACGUGUCCUAUGGAGACAUCCCAGUAGACCUCACGAUACAGCAGAGAAAAUCUUCACCCAAUAUCAACAAAUGUUUUACUUGUUAAUUUAUUUAAAAUAAAAUGAAGUUGG